GAGGUGCAGUUUUACUGCCUCUUGCUGUCACCUAGCUUCAUUCGACUUGCAAGGCCUUUGGUGCCUCGGCGUUGGGAAGGAUGACCUCUCUCCUUGUAAAGCCUUGCUCGUUGCUAUGCAAGAAAUCAUCUUUCAGGACUCCAGUGCCUUUUUCCGUUGGUGCACUGAACUUGCAGCGUACCAGUCACGUCCUAGGCCGUGGGCACAGGGUAUGCCCAGGCCGGUCACGAACGCCCGUCCGCGCUAGCAGCGAUGACGGCAAAGAAGUCGUGUACAACAAAGAGUUUGGAUACUCACGCAAGGAUGUCUUGAUUAUCACGUUUGGUCUUAUCGCCCUGGGCUAUGCUCUCUAUUAUGGGCUUCAGGCCAUGGGCAUGGAGGCAGGCUACGCGGGUAACUGGGUCCAGCUCAUCAUCUUCAUGGGCAUUUGCGUGGGCUGGAUUUCCACCUAUAUCUACCGUGUUGCAACCAAGCAAAUGACGUACGUUAAGCAGCUGGAGCAGUACGAGGAGGCGGUGAUGCAGAAGCGUGUGGAGGAGAUGACGGAGGCGGAGAUGGCAGAGCUGGCGAAUGAGGUGGAGGCGGACCGGCAGCGGCGGCGGGCAGGGCGAGCGGCACCAAAGUUGGAAUGAGCGAUGCGGCGGCGCAUGCAGGAGGGCUGAAGCCAUUUUGUGUUGCCGUGUCCAGCUCUGCGUCUUGUGUAAUUAUGGCUUAAAAAAAUUGUGCUAGCUCCAAAGCACGCCAUAGGAGAUGUGUGCAGGCAUGCGUGUGAUGGCCCGCGGCAGGUGUAUAGCCAUUAUCAGUUUUAAAGGAAAUCGCGUUCGUUCACCCGACGGAAAACAUGUAAAUUUGUGAGAGUCGCCGAAAUACGAAUAGCUGAACUGGACUGGGUUCUCCAAGAGGCAACUCGAAAUCUGAGUAAGACGAACCCGUUGCAUGUAGCGGGGCGGUCAUAUUGCGUCUGAUGUGGCUCCCGCAGGUGUGGUGUGAUUUGGGUUGUCCUCGUAAAACGGCAGCGGGUUGUCACACGUGUACACGUGACAACACAGAUGCGUGACACGUGACGUAACACCUGAAACGGCGGGAGAUUGACGUCUUAGGGUGAAUCUGAUGCAGCAGCGGCCUUCACACGCACACGCCGUCGUCUGGGGCUAAAUGUUUGGAUGUGCAAGGCCGCCAGGAAAUGUGCAGCACUGGACCAGUAGUUGGGCGAUAGUACGUAAUACUAUCGAUCAAAAGGGCCCCUGCCGACUUAUGGGCGCUGGUUGAGUUGUUGAUUUUAGGCUUGUUAAAAGGACGGGAAAAUCUGGAGCCUCAGUAUUCACCGCCUCAGUAUUCAUGGCCUUAAGUAUUCGCGCGUGUGUACCUCCUCAUAUCUGAUUCGGCACACCGUGAUGGAUGGAUGGACCUGGACCUGCCGCCACAUGGUGGACCAGCGGGCUCUGCUGCCGAGGUAUCCUGACAUCACAACGAGCAGCAACUAACUCCAUCUGCGCGGGAAGGGAGCGGGCUGCCGGUGGGGGUGCUCGCCAUGGUGGCGGGCUAGCUUAAGGGUUCCGAUAACGCCGCGGCUCUACUUUAUUUGUGCUGGGGCGCAAUCGCAGGGUGGCUGCUGGACUCUGAAGCAGGUUAAGCUAGGGCUUAUAUGACGAGGAGUGUAUGAUGGUAAUCACUCCCUAUCGCAAUAAUGGAUAGCACGAAGACUGUUGUUGAUGCUGGUUAAGGAGAAUGAAUGAUUGAGCAAACGACGUCGCAGCGGGCCCCCCGGGCCGGGUCCUUCGGGGUCAUCAAUAUGCUGCGUCGUGCUGCGCGCACCCAAUGGCUGCGCAGGUCAGCAAAAGUCCGAAAGG